GACGUACGACCGCUGUGGGCCAAUCUGUGGCUCUCACACCUACAGUAGGAGGAAGACCCGCCUCCCGCGCGCCUGAAGAAGAACCGUACGAACCCGUCCGUGCCCUGCUGUCUCACUCCGCUGCUCCAGAAGCAGCAACAUGGAUACAGAGUUGUUUAUGGAGUGUGAGGAGGAGGAACUGGAGCCAUGGCAACAGGUGGAUGAUAGCGUGGAGGAAGAUGAGAUGGACUUCAUCGACAGCUACUGUGAACCAGUGGAGGAUUCUUUGUCACCUCUUCCAGCCUCUGAGACUCCACCCCCCCAGACUGUCCCAUCCAACACACCUGCUGGAACAGCUUCUUCUCCUUUACAGAUUGUCUCCUCCUCCGAGAUUCCUCGUCCUCCUCCGCCCACCACCUCCUCCUCUGUCUCCUGCCUCCCUGCCCCCUCCACACCUGCUGCUGCAGCCCCGCCCCUGAUGACUCGGGCACCGCCCCUCAUCCUGACACAGACAGCAGGUGGAACGUUCCUCCUCCCAGCAGCCCCCGGGGCAGGCAGCACCCCGCCCAUCCUCCUUACCACACAGGGUUUCCCGGUGCAGACAGUGAUGAACCACGGCACUCCUCUACUGCUGAACCUGCAGCCCGGUCAGACGGUCCAGCCCCUCACUCUCAUCCAGUCCCCGUCACUGGGUCAGUUGGUACGACCGAGUGUGGGUGUAUCACCUGUCCUCCCUCAGGGCCAGGCGGUCCAGACCAGACCAGUCUCUGCCCCCACAAGAGGCCCCGCCCAGCCCGGCUCCACCUUCACCGCCAUGCAGCUGCCUGCCACGCUGACUAUCCGCACUAGCACACCAGGACCUGGUAACUUUCAGAUGACCCAGAUGGGCGGGGCCAACUCCCUGAAGCUGGCAGGUUCGCCCGCCCUUCCUUCUGGCUCAGCCAAUGGAGUUACCAGAAUCACUUCGUUCAGCAGCAUCAGAGUCGAUACUGGUUCCAGUGCUGAUUCUGCUCCUGGCCCCACCUCCUCUGUUGGCCUGACCCCAAACGUGACCUCAGUGCCAACGCCCGACCCCCCCAGGGUGGUGAUGAGUGUGGAGGAGUUCUACUACGGGACGUUCGAAGGCGACCUGAGUCUGAGGAAACCGCAGCCUCUGGGAAUCAAAACCUCCACCUUCACCUGCCAAAUCUGCACGCACCUUGCCGAAAACAAUCUGAGGUUGAUGCAGCACAUGCUCCAGCACUCGGAGCUGAUGGGUGGAGGCGGAGGAGGUGAUGAGAGGAAGUGCUGCAAGUUCUGUUACCGCCAGUUCUCGUCUCCAGCUCAGCUGCAGAGCCACCAGGAGCAGGUGCAUGGCCCCGUCCUCUCCUCCUGUAUGUGUCGUAUAUGUGAGUGGGCUUUUGAGAACGAGCCGGCGUUCUUGAACCACAUGAAGUCCAACCACAAACCAGGAGAGAUGCCUUACGUCUGCCAGGUGUGUUCAUAUCGCUCGUCUUUCUACUCGGAUGUCCUCCAGCACUUUGCCAGCUUCCACAGAGACUCUCGCUUCCUGCUGUGUGUCUUCUGCCUGAAGGUGACCAGAAACCCUGCGAGCUACCAGCAGCACCUUCUGCGACACCAGAUCAACCAGGCCUUCCACUGUAACAGGUGUCGUCUUCAGUUUGUCUUCCUCAAAGACAAGAUGCAGCAUAAACUGGAGAACCAUCGCAGCUUCCGCCGGCCUGCUCAGCUCGAAGGCCUGCCGCCAGGGUCAAAGGUGACUAUCAGGACCUAUGGGAAGGUGAGGCCACAGGUGACCUCAGCAGGGACUCGGUUGCUCCAGAACCCCUCCUCCCUCAUCCAGCCCAUCAACAUCAAGACUGAGCCGCAGAAGCCUCCGAACCAGAGGAGCCCCGUGCUCUCCAAAUCACCUCGAUCGCCAACGAAGAGACCGGUCAGCCGCAGGGUGCAUGUCCACAGGAGUUCCUCGUGCGACGGAGAGCGGUUGGUGUGUUUGGAGUGUGGAACCGACGCCUCCGACUUCUCGGCUCACUACCCGACUCACGUCCACUGUCUGCUGUGUCCCUACAGCAGCUGCUGCUCCAGAGCCUACGCUGCACAUAUGAUCCACCACCACGUGCUGCGGCCCAAAGACAAAGUGGUUCCUCUGCACAGGCUGCCUCCUCCAUGCGUCUUCCUGCUGCAGUGCUCCCACUGCGACUUCAGCUCUCAGGCUGCAGAUCAGAUUGCUGAUCACCUGCUGAUGAACCCAGAGCACCACAGCGCCACCUGUCGCACCAGGACCUACGUUGAACCCGAUAUCCCGUUCUGCCACUGCUCAGAUGAGAAGGAACUAGUCCAGAACAAGGACUUGCCUGAUCCGUCCUGGAGGUCAGCACACUGUUGGAAACCUCCGGCAGAGAGCAGCAGCCCCAAGUCCACCAUCAUUCCAUUCAUGCAGAGCAGUGGGCCUCGUCACCACCUUUCCAAGAACAGUGACGCCAUCGACUUCUUCAACCUGCUCUUUCCCGCAGCGCUCACUGAACUGAUCACCAGCGAGACCAACGCCCACGCCAAGACCUGCCAGUUCCUGGGCUCUGGUUACCCAGACUGGGUCCCCGUCACCACCCAUGAGAUCAAAGGUUUUAUUGGCCUGGUCAUUCUGAUGGGGAUCCAGAACCUUCCCGACCUGUCGCACUAUUGGUCCUGGAGUCAUUAUGACAACAGUUACACCUUCUAUCGUGCUAUGAGCUUCAAACGCUUUAAGCAGAUUGCUGACAACAUCCGCAUGGGCAGCUUCACGACAGACGAGUAUCGUGGCACCAGCAAAUCCAGUGACUCGCUGCACAUCUUCAGGCGGAUGCUGGACAUCCUGAGCAAGGCGAUGUGGAACACCUACCAACCAAACUGCAGCCUGGCCAUCGACAGGGCGCUGCUGCCUUGUCUAGAGGAGGAGAGCUGCCACACCAAGGGGAACCCAAAAACACAGCCUCAGGUGUGGCUGCUUUGUGACUCCAAGUCUGGCUACUGCCACCGCUUAUUCAUCCAGGUGGGGGAGAAGGUGGGCCAGGAACAAGGCUUCACUGUAGUGCCAGAGCUGGUGAAGGGUCUGGAGGACAAACACCACCAUCUUUACCUGGCUAAUGCACUUACAUCUGUUCCACUCAUGCAGAAGCUUCUGGACCAGGGCAUCUAUGCCUCUAGCUCCUUUCCUCCACCCAGCCCUAUCCUUCCCAAAGGACUGUGGGAGGAGGGCCAGCUGGAGAAACCCGGGGACUUCCUGCAGAGGCAGUUUGGCCCUCUGCUAGCCACCCGUUGGAGGGACACUAAGGAGAUGGGCUGCCUUUCAACUAAUGCAGCUCCAGGUGAACAGGACACCGUUUGGAGGAGGUCUCAGACCAAAGUUGGUGAACUGGACCCAAUUGACCGCCCCAUGGCCUUCCACCUGCUGCAGGAGAACAUGCGAGGAGUCGACAUUUGCAAGCAACUACUGGCCUGCAACCCACUGGGAGGAAUACCCCAGGACCGGCACUGGCGCAACCUCUUUUGGUUUCUGGUUAACCUGAGCAUAGUCAACGCCUUCAUUGUGCUGCGGGAGAGCCGCAAAGAGAGCCCACCGGCCUGGGUGCAAGACGGCCUUUUUACUCAGGUUAACUUCCGCAAGCGUUUAGGCAACCAGCUCGCCAAGUGCGCUCAGAAAUACUUUGAGACCAUGGAGAUUGCCAGCUCCCGCGGGAUGAGGACGGCGACGGUGGAAGAACCAAUUAAACAGAGACACAGGAUGGCAAAGAUCAGCUGCAUCUCCAAGAGGUGUAAAAACUGUAACCUGAAAAACAUGCGCCAUGAGAGUGUAUACGGCUGCACCAUCUGUCAGGUCAACCUUUGUAAAGAGCCGAGUUGCUUCUGGGAAUAUCACGGCCUUUCAGCUCAAAACAAAGGAUCGGCCAAAGUUGGAUUUCUGAAGGACAGAAUAAGUGGAGCCGUGGAAGUUAAGGAGGAGAAGGACAACAUGGAUGGGGCGAUGGCCCCUCUGGAGGAGAUGGACUUUUCUGAUGACGAGCGGCUGGAGGACCUGGAGUACAAUGAUGAAGAGGCUGAAGAUGUUAAGGAAGAAUUUCUCAAAGAAGAAGAAAAAUCUCCAGUGUCUCACCUGCCGUCAAACACGAACGGCCACACCCAGCCAGCAGCCGUGUCAUCUGCCUCUAAAGAGCGUGAUGAUUUCCUGACGGCUCGUCAGCUAAGGAUUGCCCUCUUUGCUCUGUGUGACGGACUCCAACAAGCCUCAAGGGUCUUUUCAACCAGGGUGCAACUCAUCAGAUCCUGGCUAAAGGAGGCCAGGAAGCUUUUGAAGCAAACUGAACAGGAACAGAAGGUCCAAUGUGAUGGCAAGGACCGUAUGGUGGCCUGGGUGCUGUCCAUGCGUGAGCAGCAGCUUCCAAUUACCGAGAGCAACCUUUUCCACAAAGCCUCCACACUGAAGAAGAAGGGUGCUUUCAGCGACUCCUUCCGCAUCUCCUACGACUGGGCAGUGAGCUUCAUGAUGCAGAAUCGGCUGGGCAUAAGGAACAUUGGCAGGGAAGCCACGCUGGCUCGCAGCCUUCCACUUUCUCUGGAGGCCAAGAUCAAGUCCUUCAGGGAAUUUACCCAGAAGAUCAUCCAGGUCAACAAGCUCUCUGAGAGCUCUGUGGCUGCAAUGGAUGAGCUGUGUCUUUUUGUGGAUUUGAGGUUAGUUCAGGACAGGUCUCGCUGCUCAGAGGCCCUGGAACUGACUGGAUCUUUACCUCUGGUCACUGUGUACCUGACGGUGCUUGCUGAGGGUGUCAUGCUGCCAUCCCUGGUGCUCACAAACAGGCAGCUGGCUGCGAAAGCCCUGCCAGAGUUCAUCCUUCUGGAGGCUGGGCCGGAGAGUCUGUCAGUAGAAGAAGCCUUGGAUCUUUGGACUAACAAGGUUUGGCUACGGCACGGUCCAUUGCAGCAUAAUAAAUCACUGUUGGUCUUGGACCGACACCGGGAACACUUGGGAGAGUCAUUCCUGUCUUCCAUCAGUGGAACAAGUACUCUCCCAGCGGUUAUUCCUGGAGGCUGCUCCUUCCAUCUUCAGCCCCUGGAGGUUUGCCUGAAGCCAGUUCUGCAGCGCUUCCUGCUUUCACGCUGGGCAAAAUUCACUGCUGGAAACCCAAAGGAGUUGGAGGAGACGUCACCCCACCGGCUUCAAGCAAAUGUUGCUCAGCUGCUGGUUGAUUGGGUGGUCGAGGCCCUUUCACACAUGAACAAACUCCCACACCUUUGGAAGAAGUCAUUCGGCCUGACAGGCCUUUUGCUGGGUCACAAAGAGGAAGACAAGAUGACAAGUCAGGAACCAGGCGAGAUCCAGCUGGGCCUCAUCAAGACCCUGACAGAGACCCUGCUGGGGGCUGAAGCUUUGGAGGCCAGUUCUCCUGAACUGCUUGAGCUGGAAGAUGAAGAUGACACAUUGGAAGGACAAGAAGAAGAAAAGGGGAUUAACAAGGACCAUGAAGAGACAAAGAAAGAGACAAGGGAGGGCAGGAAGGAGAUGGAAGACAUAGAAGAGAAAGGAAAGGACACAAUCAAAAGUGUGGAAGACAGGGAGAAGACAGAACGGGACAGCAAGGAGAUAGAGGAGGACAAGAAAGAAGAAAUUAAGAAGUUAGAGGAGGACAGUGAGGAGGAAGGAAAGGAGACAGAGGAGGAUAGGAAGGAGGGGAACAAGGAGAGACGAGAGACCAGGAUAGUGAUAGGAGAGGAAGUUGGCGAUGAGUGGAAGAUAACAGUAAAGAGCAAGACUGAAGAUGUGGAGGCUGACAGAGAUGAGGACGACAGAAUGGGCAAAAGCUGAGCUGACGAAGAGGCGGUUAAAGGCCUGCAGACCGUAAACACCUGUCUGAGGUGUCCCCGACAGGUGUCUGAAGGCACUGGCUUACUGGAACGGUCAGACGGUGUCGUCCCUGAAACUCUCUGGCAGUACAGACAGUGAAGUCUGAAGCUGUAAGCAACUAGCAUAGCCGAGUGUGAAAGGCUGCAGCGCGAUGACCAGUCCUGCUUCAACCAUAAACAUCUGCACCUUCCCCAGUGUGGACUUUAAGCUCCAGAGUCUGUGCAGUUUGUGUUGGAAUACAGAUCCAAAUAAACAUUAACAUGAUCUGUCCCAGACUGACAGAAGGAGCUCAGUGAUCUGCUGCUGUGAGAAAACUGAACUGCUUUUGCAUUUUGCAGUGAGAAGUUGGAGGAUUUUCCAUUGCGUUCGGUGGAUACUGCAGCACCUAGUGGACCACAGAGGAACUGCAGUUCAUCACACUGAAAAUGUGUUGGUUGCUGCUUGUUUGGGACUUGAUCAAAAAACCAGCUGGGCUGAGUUGUGCUUGAUACAACCAUGAACUCACCACGUUGUAGAGACUGAGUAUGUGACUGAGCUCUGGAGAUGGUGCAGUCAACAAGUUAACUUGUUUUUAGAUUAAAGUGUGUACCAAAGGUCAGACUUUGGCGUAAUUGUGUUUCUGUCAGCAGUGUUUGAUUGUUGCAGAUGAAAUCUGGACACAGUCUGACUCAAAAACCCUGUCUGACGUCAUCAUGUUAUUUUGUUGAACACAUUCAGUUUGCUGCAAGAAAAAACAAAAUCUGGCUCUGGAAAACCAUGUAAUUGAAAUUUUUUUUAGUGAUUAAUUUUUGUGAUUAACAGCGAUUAAUAAAUUUGGCCGACAAUGUUUCAGCUCUGUGUUGAAUCUGAGGCAGCUUCCUGUCUGUAUGAUGACUGAGACGAGCUCUGGGAGGGGAUUGGCUGGUCCGGAGCACGUGGAAAUAAUUUUUUUACUAAAAUGAGUUAAAACUGUUUUGAGGACUCGGACGCGGAGGCGGUGAUGUGACCAGAAGCCGGAUGCCGAAGAGAUUUCCUGUGUUCAUGUGAGCUGCACAGAUGAAUAGUUGUUUUUUAUUUGUAGCCAUCAGAUUAAAGAUGUUGGAUUUCAACAUGUCUGAUCACGUCUCCCACAGAACAUGUUGUCUUGGUGCUGAUGUACAGAAGACUUUGGAUGCUGUAAAUAAAACACAAAACAUUUUCACGACUGGA